AAAAGAGGUUGUUUAAGAAUGGCGAGUCCAGUCAGGUUAGAAGAGUGCCAACAAAUAGAAUGCAAUCUCAGAAAAUCCUUGGUCUCCUAACCUUCUGUCUGUUGCUGCUGUAUGGAUUGACGGGGGAAAUUGAGGCGCCAGGUCCUACUGACGAUGAUCCGGAUGCAAUAUUUUCCAAGCUCCAUACGGGUAACAUCAGCCUUUGCAGUGAUGUGGCAAACAGAAUUUUUUUGCCCUAUGUGGGAGACUGCCAAAAGUAUUACUUAUGCUGGGAUGGCGAGGCCAUAGAGAAACAGUGCAACAACGACUAUCAGUUCAAUGCUCGCAAUCAGAGCUGUGGCUAUCCAAACGAUGCGACUUGUUUGCCAAAAUGUGAACAGUAUUAUCUGACCACCUUCUGUUACGAUCGCACCUGCACUAAAUACGUGCUCUGCUAUUAUGGUAUUCCGGUUCUGAGGGAGUGCCACGACGGAUUGCAGUAUAAUGCGGAGACGGAUCGUUGUGAUUUCCCCCAAUAUGUUGACUGUGUGGAUAAUGAGUGCAUGAGAACGGCUGAAGUCGUUGAUCUCAUAUACUUACCCAGCAAGGCUUCAUGCUCCAAGUACUUCCUAUGUGCGAAAGGUGUUGCCCAGAAUUACACUUGCGCCCCAGGAUUGUAUUUCAACACCAACUGCAGCUGCUGUGAUUAUCCAGACAGAACUGAAUGCCAGGUGCCCGCAUUAAAACGCAAUAUUUCACCCUUUCCACGAACACCGCCCCGGAGUGCUGAUGUCAUCUGUCCAGCUCGUGGGGUUCACUUUUACGCCCAUAAAUCACGCCCGGAUGCCUACUACUAUUGCAUAAAUGGACAUGGUGUCACCUUGGACUGUACGCCUGGCUUGUGGUACGAUCCAAAUGUUGAAGAAUGUCGUGAACCAUUAUAUAUAAUGAACGAAAAAAAGAAAAAUGGAAAGAAAAAUGAUAUCAAAAAGAAAUCAUAUAAAUUCGGAUGUUUUUCUAGAGCCAAUCAUAGUUGUGCUCUGAAACUAUUGCUCUCCACAAGAAUGAAGUUGCUGCUGCUCUAUGGAUUUCUGUUCGCCCUGAACCAGUGCGUAUUCGCAAGGACUUAUGUAAGUAUAGUGUCGGAAUCCGAAUCGAUAGAAGCGCCCAAUUCCAAUGGCGAAUCGGAAGAAGAUGAUCCUAAGUACGAAUUAGUUGUGAAUGAUAUUAAUCUGUGUGCAAAUGUGGCCAAUAAUACAUUGCUUCCCGAUAUAACCAACUGUUCCUCCUAUAUAAACUGCAUAGAUGGGAAAUAUGCGUCUACUGGUAGCUGUUACGAAGGCACCGCUUUCGACACACUUUGUAAAAAUAAUACCGGGAAUUGUGAGCUCUUAUUUGAUUACAAAUACCAAACAUGCAACUAUGCAACUGAUGAGAAUGUCAAAUGUCUGCCCAUGUGCGAAGAAUAUAACCUGACAAGCUUUUGCUACGAUCGCACCUGUACCAAAUACGUGCUCUGCUAUUUUGGUAUUCCGGUUCUGAGGGAGUGCCACGAUGGAUUGCAGUAUAAUGCGGAGACGGAUCGUUGUGAUUUCUCCCAAUAUGUGGACUGUGUGGAGAACGAGUGUUCCGCGGAAAAGGAUGUGACAAAUAUCGUAUAUCUGCCAAGUAAGGCUGGGUGCAGCAAGUAUUUCAUCUGUUCCGAUGGCACUCCCUGGCCUCAGACGUGCACUAGUGGUUUAGUCUUUGAUAUUACGUGCAACUGUUGCGUCCCUGCAGGCAAUGUUGAGUGUCAGAUGACGCCCCAGCAGCGCAACAUUCAGCCCUAUUCGCGUUCACCGCCUCGACGCGCUGAUAUCAUCUGUCCAGCUCAUGGAGUUCACUUUUACGCCCACAAGUCGCGUGUGGAUGCCUACUACUAUUGUGUAGAUGGUAAUGGUGUCACCUUGGACUGUACUCCUGGCUUGUGGUACGAUUCCAAGUUACGUGAAUGCCGCCAACCCAAAUACAUAGCCAACAACUAAUCAUCAAAUCUGAUUUUGAUUAUGCUGUAUGUUUAUUUGCAUUCGCCAGCUUAUCUAUUUAUUGGUGAAGAUAUAUAAAUUUUGGAUGAAAACUCCGUAAUUAC